AUGUUUCACACAAUUAGUCAUCGGUUGAAUGUUCCUGCAGCAUCCUGGAUCCAUCCAGAAGAAUCAAACCUUUACUAUAGAGGCCAGAUUGUGCAACUGCAGGCAGCAGCCACAGUAGACCCUCAUCAGAGCCUUUUCAUCCAGACCUGUUUCGUCUCUGUGUUCGCCGACCCAGACGCUCGUCCAAGACUUGGGGUCAUAGUAAACAAGGGGUGCACAGCAUCUGUGGGGUCAGAGCAUGCUGUGGUGGCUCAGUUUGUGGCGUUCAGGCGACAUGAUGCUGUCAAUUUAAUUCUCGACACCUCAAACCUACAAACAGAGGUGUACCUACACUGUAGCGUAAUCAUCUCUGACAAGGGUGUGACCACUUAUUCAAAAUGCUGCAACUACAAUGACUUAAAAUCCAGAUGGGUGGAGCUGAAUGGGAAUUUUGAUGUGUGCAGUUGUUGUGGCUCUAAGUGCAAAGGCUCUUCUAGUAGGAACAUUCAUAUUGCUGCCAAGGCAGUGGUCAGCUCUGGUCUGCUGAUUAUUGCGGACAGACCCAUCCUUGAGCCUCAGUCUGUUGUCCAUGAGCCUGACCACUCCUGCAGUCCUAUGGAAACCAGAUUUGUGCAGUCUGAUUCCAGUGAUCCAGGUGCAUCUGCUCAGAUGAGCUCUUCUGCCAUACAUGGAGCCCCAGCACCUACAGGUGUGGCAGUAUCAGGUGACUCCUUCUCAGUUGCAGGUCAAAGCUAA